AUGUCUCUGCGUCCGUCCACUGCUCCUCUGCGUGCCCCUUUGCCUUCUCCUCCUGAGUCCUCUCUUCCUGCGCUUGCCGACCCUGAGUCGGACUCUCUUCGCGCUGCCAGUCCUACUGUCACGCGUCUGCUUGCUACUGUCGUCACUGACCCCUCUUUUGAGUCCACUGCUGCGUCUGCUCUAGUCGCUGAGCUCGUUGACUUUGCUGCUCGCUGUCGUCUCGACUACGCUGCUAGUCUUGUUGCUGAGUCUGCGUCUGUCUGUCCUCCGUCCGUCGGGGGUGAGUGUGCUCUUGGCACGGACGUCCUAGAGGACAGGCAGGAGGAGUUACAGUGUCUAGCGGCUGCUUCACCUCAUCUCGCGUCUGUACUGCUUGCCCCUGAGGGAGACCCGGAUGCAUUAGACAUCCCGACUCCGCGUUCUUACGCGGAGGCUGUAGAGGGUCCCUACUCCUCUCAGUGGCAGGCAGCUAUGGAUGCAGAGAUGGCUUCCUGGAAGUCCACAGGCACCUACGUUGACGCGGUUCCCCCUCCUGGGGCGAACAUCGUCAGUGGCAUGUGGAUCUUCAGGGUGAAGCGGCCGCCGGGCUCUCCACCUGUCUUCAAGGCACGGUACGUUGCUCGUGGCUUCAGUCAGCGGCAGGGAGUUGACUACUUUCAGACCUUCUCUCCCACCCCGAAGAUGACCACUCUUCGGGUGCUGCUGCACAUAGCCGCUCAGCGCGACUACGAGCUUCACUCUCUCGACUUCAGCACUACGUUCCUGCAGGGUAGCCUGCACGAGGAGAUCUGGCUGCGCCGUCCACCUGGCUUCACUGGGACUUUCCCUCCUGGCACCCAGUGGAGCCUCCGACGGCCAGUCUACGGUCUCCGCCAGGCACCGCGUGAGUGGCACGACACACUGAGGACUACGCUUGCGGCUCUUGGGUUUGCUCCUUCUACUGCUGACCCGUCGCUGUUUCUGCGCAACGACACUUCACUGCCGCCGUUCUACAUCCUCGUGUACGUCGACGACUUGGUCUUUGCCACAGCGGACACUGCUGGACUCGCCUACGUGAAGUCCGAACUGCUGAAGAGACACACGUGCACACACCUGGGUGAACUGCGCAGCUACCUUGGCUUGCAGAUCACUCGGGACAGAGCACGCCGCACCAUUACCUUGACUCAGUCACACAUGGUGCAGCAGGUCCUUCAGCGCUUUGGCUUCACGUACUCCUCGCCUCAGGCCACUCCUCUGCCUACUCGCCACUCACUCUCAGCUCUGCCUUCGGAUGAGUCCGUAGAGUCGAGUGGUCCACCAGAGCACAUGGCUGCAGCGAAGAGGGUAUUGCGCUACCUGUGCAGUACGUCGGGCAUGGGGCUAGUGCUUGGAGGGCGGAGUCCAGUGGUCCUUACCGGCCACGCGGACGCUUCUUGGGCUGACGACCAGGCUACGCAGCGGUCGUCACAGGGUUACACCUUCAGCCUUGGUUCCGGCUCUGUCUCGUGGCGGUCUACUCGUUCGUCUUCGGUUCUCGGCUCCAGUUGUGAGGCUGAGAUCUACGCCGGGGCCAUGGCUGCACAGGAGCUUCGCUGGCUCACCUACCUGCUGACUGACCUUGGAGAGCCGCCUCGUUCUCCUCCAGUGCUGUACGUAGACAACAAGGCCAUGCUGGCCUUGUGUCGAGAGCAGCGCUUGGAGCACAGAACGAAGCACAUUGCUCUCCGCUACUUCCUUGCUCGUGAGCUGCAGCAGCGUGGUCAGUUGCGACUUGCGUACGUGGCCUCUGAGGCCAACACUGCUGAUGUGUUCACCAAGGCACUCGCGCCUUGUGACCAUCAGCGCUUUUGCACCCAGCUGGGUCUUGUACCUGUCUUGCCUCACUUGCUCUCCUCUUGA